AUGGCUGCUACGGACGUGGACGUAUUUUCGAAUGAAGAGAAGCGAAACCUCAGUUUGGGUGGCCAUGUUGGAUUUGACAGCCUUCCUGACCAAUUGGUCAGCAAAUCGGUCACACAGGGUUUUUGUUUCAACAUUCUGUGCGUAGGUGAGACUGGGAUUGGAAAAUCCACAUUAAUGAACACUCUUUUUAACACCAUGUUUGAAAACGAAGAGGCGAGCCACUACCAGAACGGCGUCUAUCUGAGGCCACGAACGUACGAUCUGCAAGAAAGUAGCGUUCACCUCAAACUUACCAUCGUUGACACUGUUGGCUUUGGUGAUCAAAUCAAUAAAGAUGAGAGCUACAAGCCCAUCGUUGACUACAUCGACACUCAGUUUGAAAACUAUCUUCAAGAGGAGCUGAAGAUCAAACGCUCACUUUUCAACUACCAUGACACCAGGAUCCACAUCUGCCUGUAUUUCAUUGCACCAACGGGACACUCCCUCAAGUCUCUGGACCUUGUGACUAUGAAGAAACUGGAUAGUAAGGUCAACAUAAUUCCCAUCAUUGCCAAAGCAGACACCAUCUCCAAGAGUGAGCUCCAUAAAUUUAAAAUAAAGAUUAUGAGUGAGCUGGUGAGCAACGGUGUGCAGAUUUAUCAGUUCCCGACAGAUGAUGAAACCGUCAGUGAGAUCAACUCCUCCAUGAACGCACAUCUGCCAUUUGCUGUGGUUGGAAGCGUGGAAGAGGUCAAAGUGGGGAACAAAACAGUGAGAGCUAGACAGUACCCUUGGGGUGUUGUGCAAGUUGAGAACGAGAGCCACUGUGACUUUGUAAAGCUCAGAGAGAUGCUGAUCCGAGUCAACAUGGAGGAUCUGAGGGAGCAGACUCACGCACGCCACUAUGAGCUGUACCGCCGCUGCAAGCUGGAGGAGAUGGGCUUCAAAGACACGGAUCCUGACAGUCAACCAAUCAGCCUUCAAGAGACCUAUGAGGCCAAGAGGAAAGAGUUCUUAGGCGACCUGCAGCGGAAAGAAGAAGAAAUGAGACAAAUGUUUGUCAACAAAGUGAAAGAAACUGAAGCAGAACUUAAAGAAAAGGAGAGAGAGUUGCAUGAUAAAUUCGAGCAUCUGAAGCGGACGCAUCAGGAGGAGAAGAGGAAGGUGGAGGAGAAGCGCCGAGAGCUGGAGGAGGAGCUGAAUGCUUUCAACAGGAGAAAGAUGGCCGCCGAGACCCAGUCCUUAUCUCAGCCUCUCAAGAAAGACAAAGACAAGAAAAAUUAAUUUAUGGCCGCUGUACAUCCAUCCACACAUGACCAUGGAUUUGUUCUCCAUCACCAUAGCAACGACUACAUCUGUUUGUUUUUUGUUUUUUUUGCUUCUUUCUUUUAUUUUUUUGACAUUCCAUCUUGACACAUGGACCAAAGACACUGAGGAUGACGAUGGUGAAGCCACGGGAGAAAAAAGGAGGAAACAUUCACCUUCCAUCUGUGACCAUCUCAUUAAUUCAAGAUCUUUCUAUGUUGUUUUUGGACACUUUUAUAUCUUAACUAUAUAUGCAUUUUUUUUCUACCUGGUGAUUGUAAUUUUUUUCUCUUUGUUUAUUUUGUGUUUCACCCUAAACUAUAAGACGACGCAUUAAAAGCUCACAAACAUUUGGACUUGGUACUACAUCGUAAACGCACCUGGGCGAUGUAUUUAUGAGGCAUUUUAUUGGUGUCGAGGACAGAAAGAGUUUUUGUUUCAACCGUUUUGAAAAAUCUCUCAGGUGUCGUUUAAUAAGCCUGAAAAUUUAGCUUAGUAAAAUAAACCUGUGCAUCAAAAUGUAUUUGAUUAGCAAUAACCGAGUACCUGUAUAAAUGCAUAGAUUGGAUUUAUAAAGGUACUCCAAAAGUAGUCCUUAAAAUCUAUGCAAUAUUCUGGUGCUGUAACUUUUUUGUAGAGUUUACCAAGUUUUAUAUGCAAAAUGUACUAGUUGAUAAAAACAUGUUGUAAGGUGUUUAAGGCUAAAGGGCAUUGUGUUCAGGUUAACAGACAAAGUUAUGUGGACUCACAAACAUGAAGCCACAAAUCAUUUAAGCCUGUUGUUGCUGUAAAAGUUAACCCCAGACUUUGAUGAGAGUGCAGCUGUAUUUACUGUCUGUAUUUGGAAAUAAAUACACCCCCACACUUCCUGA